GCGGACAGAGUACUCUCCCCUUGAGCAACCUAUGUAGGCAUGUUACUGGAAUAGAUAUUAGCAGGGAACAAAUCUUGGAAGCAAGAAAAGCCGCAAGUAAUAUCGACUUCAGAGUUGGUUCUGCAGAGGACAUGAGUUUCCAAGGUGAUGGAACUGUAGACCUCGUGACUACAGCUUCUACCAUUCAUUGGCUAGACAAACCGUCGUUUAUGACGGAGGUCAGCCGCGUGCUUCGACCAGGAGGUGUUUUGGCAGUGUAUUCAUAUGGAUUCGAUAUGAUACACAACAAAGAAGCACAACAGCUUGUAUGGGAGGGUUUAUUUAGAACCACGUUACGAGAUGACUGGGUUCCUGACGCGCACAUGCAUAUCGACAAUGGCUUAGCUUUGAUCGAACUCCCUUUCAACGAUUUCCAAAGGUUGGAGCCUUUACUGAUCGAGAGAGAAGUCGAUAUAGAUUCCUACAUUGGUUUUAUUGGAUCCUGGGCGCCAUGGCAAACAUAUAAGAAAAGGAACCGAGAGACCAACAUUUUGACUGAUUUAAGGCAGAGAUUGAGGACUCUGUACACAGAUGGUUUGACCGGUCAAAUCCGUCCAAUCAUCCUUACUUCACCAAUCUAUGUACUGCUGGGACGGAAAUAAAACAUGUAAUUCGGAAUAUCUGUAUUACACAAUAUUAUACGGGAAUAGCCUGUUGCUACUGGUGUAUUUAUCGUAGGUAAGGUAUUCCAUUAUUAAGAAAUGGUUUGGAGAACGUUAUGUGACAACGAAUAUAUAAUAAAUAUGCAUUAAAGAUUCUUGUAAACAUUAUUAAUUCAACGUUUAGGUUUUUUUAUCCUAACUGCAUUACCACUCUUAGGCAUGUGUGUUUUGAAUUCUUUUAUGUAUUUUGUUCUAGUAUACUAAGGAUGUUACUUUUGUUUUAAAGCAGCCAUUGUCCUCUGGAUGUUUUGUUUGUAUAUUUCGGGAAUAAAUGCAUU